CUGCUCUCCUGGCAAUGACGGAGCUGCUGAAGGAGUGGCUCAAUGACCGAGUCGGGCUCUCGCAGCGAGUCACUUCGCUGGAGGCCGACUUUGCCGACGGCUACCUCCUUGGCGAGCUGCUGGCGCACUAUGGUGCCCAGGGCGACUUCAAUCUGUUUACUCGUUCGAGUUCAAAGCUGGAUGCACGGGUGGGCAACUGGAACAGACUCCAUGCCUCGCUGAGCGCUCUGGGCAUCCGCCUCGCCUCCAACACCGCCAACGACAUCAUGACCGAGAAGCGUGGCGUGGUCGGCAAGCUGCUGUAUCACAUCAAGAUGACUGUCUCGGGCAUGGCUCCGACAACUCCCUCUCAAAGGAGACUCACCGCUCCCUGGGAACCGCGCCAGGACGCUGCUCCGCUCUCGCACGGCCGCAGGCUCGACCGCCGCUCUCUCCGCGCUCGCCGAGGCCUCAGCGCCACGGCCGAGCCGCAACCGGCCGCCCACGGCGCGCCUCCGCCGACUUCAGCCGCGCUUGCUGCACGCUCGCCGCACAAGGGUCAUUCGGCCUCAGGCCCGGGUGCUGCCGCGGGCCAAGCUGUGGUGUCGCUGCCGCCGCUCGCCGCCACAGGCGCAAGCGCAACCGCUCCGCAGUACGCGGCGAUGGAGAAGCGGCUGUUCCAGACCAGGCUCCGUGACAUGCAGUCGGUCUCGCAGUCGGGCAACGCGGCGCUGUCGACCGUGGUCAAGCGGUUCGCUGACCACCGGCGCGCUCACGACGCGCGGGUCCACUCGGAGAUGCUCCGUGCCGAGCACGAGCGGACGGCGCAGUUUGCCGAGGCGCGGCGGCGCGAGCUCGCAGCGCGGGCCGAGCGCGCCCGCGCCUCGGCCGCCUUUGAGGAGCAGUCCAAGCUCAAUCACGAAAAGGCGAUGACGCUGCGGCUCGAGCGCGAGCGCACCCAGCGCCAGUUUGAGCUCACUCGCAAGUACAAAACGCUUGCCAAGGUCCAGCAAAGCCGCGCGGCCGAGGCCGCCGAGGUCAACGACGAAAUCGAGUCGUUUGAGAAGAACAUUCGGAGAAUGGGUGUGGGUGAGAAGGAGAACAAGGCCAUGGAGGACGAGCUCCACGAUCCAUCCAAGAUCCUCACCUGGGCGGCCAAGGCCAAGCUCCCGCCGGUCGAGCACAUGCGUCGCAUCCGCUCAAUGGUUCCGACCCGCUCGCAGAUGGAGGAGGCGUCGGCGUCGUAUUUGGCCUCCAUCCAAGCCUCCAAGCGCGACGAGGUCGAGGCCCGCAAGGAGCGCCAGAAGCGCCGUCGCAAGGUUCUCCUUGAGCAGCAAAAGGCUCACCUCGACAUGGAGGAGAAGCGCGUCGAGCAGCUACUGCUCUCCAAGCUCAUGCGCCAGUCGCAGGCCGAGGCCCAGCUCGCGCACAAUCUGCUCAAGACCCGCUACGAGAAGCAGGUCAUCUACGCCAACCGCGUCUUCCGCGAGUCGCAGUACGCCGCCCGCCGACAGGCCGACUUUGAGGCUGCGCUCGAGCGCGACAAGGUCCUUACCGCCGCCGCCGCAGACCGCUACCGCGCCCAGGUCCUCGCCGAGAAGGAGCGCCACGCUGCGCUCCUCCGCGCCAACGCCGCCGAAAAGUACGCCGCCAACUACGCGGUGUGCGAGGCCGUCACCCACGCGCUUGUCGACCUCUCCAUCAAGGUCGCCGAGUAUCGCUACAUGACCGAUAACCUCGUGCCGGCCGCCAUGAUGUCCGAGUGGGUCGCCUGCUUUGUCGCCGGCAUGCCGCUCUUCAAGCCGGCCGUCCUCUCCUCGCCGCCGCCCACCCCCGACAAGGACGCCUCGUCGUUCCUCCUCACCGACACUGCCGACAACUCGCACGGCGACGACGGGUCGGUCGACGCCGCUGGCGGCUCGACCGCCACCCUCACUGCUGCCGCCGAACAGACGGGAGCUUCACUCAGUCUGCCGCCCGGUGCGGCUCCUGGCCAUGGACAAGGCCAGGGCCUUUCAGGAGCCGACGCGUCCGACGCCUCGCCGCCGGCAUCGCCGCGGUCGCACACCUCCGCGGCCUCGUCCAAGACAUCGCGCCGCCGGUCGUCGAAGCACUCUCACCGCCGCCAGCGCUCUGCCGGCUCAAGCGCGGGCUCGGUCCGCCGCCGGCACUCGUCGAGUCGUGGCCCUACCCGCACCGACGCUGCCGAGGCGGCGGCCGGUGACCAAGGCGCCGACUCAGGAGGUGCCGACGAGUCGGCUGCCGUUGACGAUGACGACGCCAGCGUCGAGCUUACUAGCGCCCGGCUGGGCAUGGCUCUACCGGAAGGUGACGAGCUCAAAGAGCCGCCAGUCCCGCCCACCGCCUCGUCGUCCGAAGCAGGCGACUCGCUCCCGUGGGGUUCCAACGCUGCUGAUCGGCUUGCGGCCGAGUUUUCAGAGGACGAUCUCAACAGCGACGGACGCGACGAGUCAAAGGCAGGCGACUUUACCCCGCGGGUCUUCCCGCCGGCGCUAGCGCUCACGCCGCGGUCAGCAGCUGCCGCCGCGGCGCCGAGAAAGACCCCGUCGCAGCGGCACGUAGCCGCUGUCCUCGACGCACUCGCCCUCGACGAAUACCUCAGCGGUACUGGCGAGUGGCUCUUUGACGGCCCGCCGCUCUCGCACAACCGGGUACUCGGCGACUGGGUCCGCGACCUCAUUGCGCUUGCGGUCCCGCCGCCGCCGCCGCCGCCCAAGCCGGUCCUCCCUCCGUUCCCGCUCAAGGUGGCGAUUCUGGGCAAACCGUUGACCGGGAAGUCGUACAUGGCGCGGCGGCUUGCGCAGGUCCACUCAAUGGAAGUACUCACGCCUGUUGGCGUUGUUGAGUGGGCGCUUGCUGCUGCGCCUGCGCCCGGUGAGUCGGGUGGAACCGAUGAUUUUGCCCUGGCGCUGGCUGCGGCGGCUGCAGAGGUGCCGGCGCUCUCGGCGUCGGGCGGUUCGACAGUCUUCGAGGCAUCGGGCGCGAUGGCGAGCAACAAGCCGCGGCGGCGGUCGCGAGGCUCCAAGACUACAGCUCCGCCGCAGCCCGACUAUGCGAGCAUGUCGCUCGCGCAGCUGGCGGCGGCUACGCAGGCGGCGCUGGCGGCCGGCGCCGUGGUUCCGGACCCGAUUCUGGUGGCGCUCUUUGUGGCCCGCAUCCGCGCGCUCGACAAUGUCUCGGGCUGGGUCCUCGAUGGCUUUCCGGCCACACUCGAUCAGGCCAAGCUGCUCGAGGCCGCACUCUCCGGCUACGAAGAGCCCGGGGUGAGUGGAGCGAGCCACCGGCGGACCGGUGGCAGCUCAGGCCACUCGGACUCGCGACCGUUUGCGGCGGCAGUCAAGCGUGGGUCUGCACGCAAGUCGCGGAUUGCGCCGCCGACCGAAGUGCCCGACCCGGUGGCGCCGCCGCCGGUCUCGCACAUGGACCUUGUCAUCGACCUCGACGUCGACGACGACGCCAUCUUCCGACGGGCGCUCGGCCGCGUCGUCGACCCGGUGACUAACCUCCGGUACCACAUCGAGUUUGACCCGCCUCCGUCGGACGCUGGCAUUGCCGACCGGCUCGAGCCUGUCGACGACCCGGAGCGGACGCGCGAGCAGCUCAUCCACCGGCUGGCUGUCCACGGCGACGCCGCCCCGCAACUUGCGCAAUGGUUCUCGUCAUUCCAGGAUCUCUACGCCCGUGUCCCGGUCUACGACUCGCUGGAAGACUCGUUCAAGGUGGUUUUCACUCUGCUCGACGCACGCAUCGCCGCACGCCGCGAAGCCGAGGCCGCUGCUGCCGCUGCCGCUGCUGCCGAAGCCGCUGCCGCCGCAACGACAUCUGCCGCCGCCCCGGAAGAGCCCUUGGCUGCCACCGCCGCCCGCCUCAACUCGACAAGCGGAGCGCCGCAGACAAACGCCGACGAGUCCGAGCUGGAAACGUCCCGGAGCCACGUGACGGCCGUGAGUGCAACUGGAAGCGAGACCGCUUGGCUCGAGAGUGGUUAUGCGGCCGCUGGCGGCGAAAGCAGCCGUGGGCGCGACGACGAGGUUGACGAGGACAAGGUCGUGGGUGAGACGGCGUUGCUCUCGGCCGGCACGCUGACGCUGGAGGAGGAUGCGGCGCACAUGCUUCUGGAGCAGUGGUUUACGCUCGAAUCCGUGUAUACGCAGGACGCGCGCCUGGUGUUCCGGCACCUCCGUGAGCUGCGGUACGAGGUGGUCCACCACUUGCACGACGUACGGUCGUCAUUUGCCGAGUUUCUGCGGCGCCCGGCGCAGGUGACCGCCGAGCUUGUGGCCUCGUUCACGACGCAAUUCAACGCCAUGGAGGCCGACCUCCGGCUGGAGCCUGCGGCCAAGGCCGAGCUCUUCCAGCAGACUGACGACCUCAAGGAGGUACUGUGGACGAUCGCCGACACGCGGCUGGUUGAGGCCGAAGCCGAACGUGCGCUCAUUCUCAACGACCGGUGGCUGGAGAACACGCUGGCGCAGGUAACGAACCUGUUCAUCCGGCUUGUGCAGCUGGAGGUUGAUCGGUUCCAAGCCUCGUCGCUCUUCCUGCAUGAUCUUAACGCGGUGGCGCUCGGCCUCCCGCUUCCGGACGGCAUGCCGGAACGAGUGGAGCUGCCGACGGUCGCCAUCCAGCCGCUUGUUCUCCUGGACCGGUCGGCCAUGCUUGGUGCGUCGCGUUCUAUGGCGUCUGCGAGCUCAGUCGCUGCCGCCGCCGCCGCGGCGGCGAUGGAAACGAACCUGAGUGUCCCAGCGAGUGCCGAGUCCGCCACCCCAUCGUCACGGCGAAAGGGCAAGUCAGUCUCAACCUCAUCACGGCGGUCGCGGCGAGCAGCAGACGGCGAGACCGAGGCCGAGGUUGAAGGUGGCGAGACCGGACCGGACGGCGUGGGCGACCGGACAAGCUCGCCGCAGCCCAAGCGGCGGUCGCACCGGUCGUCGUCGUCGCGGACGGCGCGGGCAACGCCGAGCACGCCGGCUGCAAGCACGUCAGCCGGCGGCGCGGUGACAGCCGCGCCGGCAAAACAGGUCACGCUGGAGGAUCUGGUCGGGUACGAACAGGCGACGCUUGAUGUGCUCGCCAACGCUGCUCAUGCGGCGCUUACGCUGACCGGGCUGGACCCGGAGGCCGAUGUCCGGGCGGAGCUGCCCGACGACGGCGGUGAGCUGCGGUUCGGUGAGCUCGGCGAGCUGGGCCAGGUCCAUGUCGCGUGGGUGCGAUACAUGGAGAUUUCCGGUGCGCAGUCGAAGCUCAACGUGUCGGUCUCGUCGCUCAUGGCCAAGCUUGCCGAGGCGUCGCAGGUGGCAGCCAGCUCUGCGCCGGUGGCGGGUCUGCCGGCGACGUCCUCGCGCGACCGCAAGCGCGGCUCGUCGCGGCGGAAGGAGACGGCGGCGUCGGCCAAGGUUAAGCGCGGGACGACGCCAGCGCCGACGCAGAUUGUGGACGACUUUGAGAGUCUACAGGCGGCGAUGGUGGCGUCCUACGCCACCGCGUUUGCAGCUGGCCUUGUCCUCGGGACAACUGCCGAAGCUGGGGCUGAGGCAAACCCCGAUGUCGAGGCGGUUGUGGACGACAGCACUGGUGGGAGCGGGCGGGGUGAGACUGUGCCGGUGGUGGCGCGGUGGCGGGCAACACCGUCCCCGCGUGUGCUCGGCGAGCUCUUCCCGCUUGGGGCGUGCCAGCUGUUGUUUGACGGCGAGCGAGUGCGCGGCGGCGGGCGGCAUGUGAUGGACGACGAGGCCGGCGGGGCGCUGGCUAGCAUGCAGAAGAUGCGUGACUCGUCGCCGCUCGUGGUGGCGUACAACGCGCUGCCUGAGCAGAGCCGGCGGUUUGUGCGCGCGCGGUAUUCAGAGGCUGUGGUGUUUAGCCAGCGGGUCGGUCGGCUGUUUGCGCGCGGAAACGAGGUUGUGGGGCGGCUGGGUGCCGAGGCGCGGACGACGUACACGGCACUGGACGAGACGCUCGGAGCGCGGUUCCGCAAGGAGGUGGGUGCCGUCAACGCGCUUGUCCACCAUGCCCGGGUGGCCAUCGAGACGGAGCAGUAUCUGGAGUACCAGCUGAAUUUGGAGGACACUCACUUUGUCAUCGACAAGCGGCUGCGGGUCCGCGAGGCGCCGCCGCCGCCACCCGCACCACCUGUGCGGGAGAGCCUGCACGAGCGGCGGUUUACUGUCAAGCAGCUGCUCUCGCUCUGCCUAGCGUUCUCGGCCGAGGCGCCGGGCGGGAUGGUUGCUGCCGAUGACUUUGUGCUGCUCAUUUUGCGGCUGCAAGCGGCGUCUGCGCACGGGCAACCUGCACUUCCCAAGGCAUGGCUUGACCUGCCGCGGCAGCGCAUCGAGCUCCUGGCGUCAAUCAUCGAUGUCAACCGGACCGGCUCGGUCGACUGGCGCGAGCUUGUGGUCCUCCUCGCGCUGCCGUACUACCCGUCGCUCGCGCAACUGCGGACGCUGAAGCGGGCUUAUGCGGCGCACGACCACCAGUCACGCGGGCGCGUCUCGCGAGAGGCGUUUGCCUCUGUCCCGCUCUUCUUUGAGCACUCUGCCAUGUGCAAGCUGGUCGAAGCGCAGCGGGCAGAGGACGAGGCGGCGGCCGAGGCAGCGGCAGCCGAGGCGGCGGCGCACGGCGACGACGACGACGACCUGCUCCCGCCGUCACCAGGGCCGAUGGCCAUUGGGCGGUCGUUUGACCCCGAGACGUUUGACUCGGAGUCGUCGGCCGAGGCUGCUGCGGCUGCUGAUGCUGAUGCUGCUCCGGGUGCAGAUGCUACGGUGGAUGUGGUCGAGGUAGCGAGUACGCCGCGGGGUGUCGAGCGCAGUGUGCCGCUGCUCGAGCUCAACCUCGAGCACGGGGUGGAUGAGGCUGAGCUGACGCGGCGGUCGAACCUGACGACGAUCGGGCUCGAGACGCCGUUGCCGGAGGAUCCUCAAGAGGACACCGGGUUCCCGCGGUACUACGAGCCCGUAGGCGAUGCAGCGCUCGAGGCCAUGGAGUUGCGGUACGUGACCGAUGAGGCGACUGGCUUUGACCGGGCCGGGCAGCUCAAAGAGCUGUUUGCGUUUAUGUUCCUCGAUCAUCUCACGCCGGCAGAGAGCGGCGGCGUCGACUACGUCUCGCUGCUGCGGUACCUCUGCCGCGACGUCUCGGGUCUUGCGGCGGUCCGCAAGGCGUGGCUGGUGACGGCGGCGGUGGCGAGCAACAGCGAGGAUGCGUCUGGCGAGCAGCUCGCGACAGAGCACGCGGCGCAGGCUGCGGCAGUCUCGAUCAUCCAGCUCAAGUCGAUUCUGGAGCACGCGACAAUGCCGUCGUCGGUGCCCGAGGACGACAACCCGUUCUCACGCAAGGGCCUCCACCAGGUGUACCACGAGCUCGGGCUCGCCCCAUCGGCCAAGGUCACCUUUGAUGAGACAGUCGGCUCGUCGCUCGCGCCACUCCUCACGCCGGUCAUGUACGCAUACACCCGCAAGGCGACGCACCUGGUGUUUGAGCAGGAGCAGUUCCUCUCCUCGGUCUCGGUCUCUGCGCUCAACGAGUCGGCGGCUGCUGGCGAGAGCCACCUCCUCGACGCCGGCAUCAGCGUCGACGACGAGAAGGAGAUCGACAAGCCGAGUGUAGUCCGGGGCGAGUCUGGCGCUGAAGGCGACGAGGCCGAGGCCUCGAUGGCACGGACCGAGGCCUCGCGUGAGCCGCGGACGCCGCGGACACCGAGUGAGACGGCAAAGCACAAGAAGAAGCGGAAGAAGCGAAGCAAGCGCCAGUAAAGCAAGCCAAGCUACCUA